AUGGACUUACGUGUUAAAUCAGAUAAAUUUUCUCUAAUUAGUCAAGAAGUUCAUGAACUUUUAUCAGACAAAAGUUUAAAAGAAAAUGAAUCAGCAUUACAUUUGGAGGAAUUUUUUAAAGAAAAUUUAUUUAAUUGGAAAAAUAUUGAAAAAUAUUUGAUAGCAAAUCAUAUAAACAUAAAUAUAGAUAAUUUUAGUUAUGACUACUGUUUACAAUGCAGUAAAUUACUACAUCCAAUUUGGAAACAAUGCCAAACAAAUUAUAAUCGAACCAGUUUAUUACAACGGUUUAAUGAAUGCGUAAUUUGGAAAUCUGAUGGAUGUAAUAUACUUGAUAUCAUAGAUUUGGAAUCAGAUACAAGAGUUUUUGAAGGAUUGUUACUGUUGACUUCCAUUUUAGAAAACGCUAUGGGAAAUGUGUACUUUACUUUGACCCAAAAAAUUCCGCCGCAUCUUCUUAAGGAUCUUUUGAAAACAAGUGAGAUUAACGAAUAUUUUGGAAGUUUCCCGAUUUAUUUUUUGCAAUUAAUUCUGGGUACUCCAAAUUCUAUUAACCUACGAAAUAUUUUGUGGCAUGGUUUUCCCGGCCCUAAAGAAAUUCCCGAAUAUUUCUUUGAAACAAUAUUAGUAACAAUGAUAAGCUUAUCAGAAAUUUAUAAAGAAAAACCAAUUAAAAUAAUUCAUAGAACGAAAAUCAAAAAUAUCGAAAAAUAUUUUAAUUAUAUAAGCGAUAUCCAAAUUUCAAAUUUAGACAACGAAAUAAAAGAUAAAAAUUCGUUUUUUGAAUGUAUAGAAAGUUCUAAAUAUUGCCCGAAACCUCAUGAAAUUUAUUGGAAAACUUUGUACAAAUAUUAUUUAGAAAAUAAUUAUAAAAAAUUUAUAAUUUUGCUAUUGCCACAAAUUGAGCUAACAUUUCGAUUAAUUUAUUUCGAAUUAAAUGAUUAUGAUGUAUCAGCAAAGAUUAAUGAAUAUUAUAUUACAAUGGAUUCAAUAUUUGAGCAUAAAGUUCCGAACACUUCAAUUGAAAACAAAUUAUACACUGAAAAAUUUAAUGAAAAUAUUUUAAAAUUAGCAUAUGAUUUAUUUAUAAGUCCAAAUGGGCCUAGAAUACGCGAUAAAAUUAGUCAUGGAGAAAUUGAUCUUAAUUAUAUAGAUAAAAAUUCAUCUGUAGUAAUUUUAACAUUCGGUCUACUUUUACUUGGUAAUCAUAAUAAGAUUUUUGAAAAUUUUAUUGAAAAUUAUGAAAUUUGUUUUCAUAUUAAUGCAAUUUUUAAAAAUAAUUUUAAAAAUACAGUAGAUUAUUUUGUAAAAUUAAAAGAAUUUCAAAAUCAUCCUUAUUUAACUAAGUAUUUUACAUGCAAUAAUGAAAUUACACAAUGUACUAAUAAGUUAAUUGGAAAUUUUAAUUUGAAAAUAUUUAAACGCCAUUCAAAUGAAAAAAUUAUAAUUGGUUUUUUAAAUAGAACAAUUCAGUGUAUUCAAAUUGUUUGUAAAAAUUUAUUAGAAUCAUAUGAAAUUAAAUUUAAACUUUUAAAUGAUAAGCAAUUAAGAUCAAGAGAAAGGAAAACUGUACAAAAUAUGAUUGAAAUUUAUCCUAAUAUUCAAUUUUCGCUAUCCACAAUGAUUGAAUCAAUUGCUGCGAUAUUUUUCAAAUUACACAAUGAUGAAAAUUUUGGAUGGAUUGAAAAUUAUUUUCAUACAAUUAAUAAGUUUCUAAAAUUCUUCCUUAAAGCUGUAGAAAAUUUUAUACAAACCAGCAGUAUUUCAAAGAAUAAUAUAAAUAAAUCAAAUUCAAUUUGUCAUAGUUUCAAUGAACAUCUUAUUAAAUUUAAAGAAGAA